GGGAAAGCUUCGGAUACCUCCAACGACGCCUGAAUGAGGAAAAUGUUUCAAAAUGGCGUCUUCGGGGAGGAAAGACGCCACCAGCCCUGCAGCCUCCUCUCUCCGUUUUCCCAGCAUCCCCCGCGACUGUGGACCAUUCCGCUGGGAGGGCUGCACGUCCGGGUGUCCGCAGUCAGGGUCCUCUGGCUUCAGGCGUCCCCACAUAACCUAGUGACAAAGUAGACCGUGGGAGGGAGGAGUUCCCCGAAGAAACUGCCUCCAUCGUCUGCCUGGGCUUCUGUAGCAGGGGGAAGGGCAUGGCCAAGGCCAGCCACAGACCAGAGGGCCCCUCUUGCUUCAGCCUGGGCGAAAUCUUCAUACUUUCUGUGUUCAGAAAAUGGCGGCCGUCUACUCCCCUGGUGGAGAACUGGAUAGCAUUAUGAGGAAAGCCUAGCUCAGGUCAGCAAGAUCAGACUCAAGCUCGGUUCUUGUGGCCCAGCUACUCUCAGUUUAGUGUAACAAAUUCAGCUCUCCGGGUACAUCUGGAAAACAAGCUCUAGGCAGUUUACACUCCCUGCCCUGUUCCAGUUCUUCCCCAAAUCCUAUACAUUUGGCUACAAGAUGCCCCCUGAGACAUUUCACUCCCACUCUGGAGGGGUAAGGCAGGAAGUCAUGCUUCUGUAAUUACUUCUUGCUGAACCUAGACAUGGCCCAUGUUGGUGGAGUGAGACUCGUACUCAAGAUCAACAAAGGAGUCGAGACACCAGGUGUAGCCCCCAGAGGCUGUGGGCAACAGGGCAGCCAUUUAGAGGCUUCCUUACCUGACAUUCAAUGUGGGGCCCUAUACAGCAGCAGUUUGAGGUCUGACAGGGGCUCUCCAAGGAGCCAUGCAGGGGUUCAGGAGAGACAAGGAACAUCUCUGCUCUCAGGUGUGGUGACUGCAAGGAGUCCCGUGUGGUAGUUUAGGAGAACAAUCAGUGGUAAACAGGGCCAAGUGUGGUCCUGCCCAGAUGGGGUUAAACUGCUCCUGAAGGGAGCUCAGUUUACGAUCAAGCAGGUAGGCUUCCUACCUGUGUAGGUGAGAGUAGGUCUUAUUUGCACACCAGAUGAGAGCAGCCACUACCUGCCCUCAUUGUGUUUUCUUGUUCUCAUUUUCCACCUUUGGCAGGUUAAAGGGCCAGCACAAUUGGGAAAGAGCCUUCCAUAGAUAAUUCACAUGGGCUGAAUCCUAAUUCCUUUUUGUGGUUGCCGUAACAGGUUAAGACUUGGUAAAGACCUUUAAGCGAUUUUCAUGAAUUUCUUAGUAAAGGUUAACUGAGUUUGUAUUUAGGGUCUGAUUGGAUGGUUUCCAGACAAUUGGGGUCUGCAGGCAGCAAGUCAUAUGAACCUUACGCCUAAAACCUGAGGGACUCCAGCAAUCAUUGAAACCAAUACCUACCCAUUACCACUUUGACGAUCAUAAGCAGACCAAAUAUCAAAUUUCCCUCUAUAGAUUUUUUAAAACAUUAUUUAUUUGAAAGAGACAGAUAUCACACAUCUGCUGAUUCACUCCUGAAAUGCCCACUACUGGGGCAGGGCACUCAAUUGAGGUCUGACACAUGGGUGGCAGGGACCCAACCAGUUAAGCCAUCAUGCACUGCCUCCCUAGGAGUACAUACAUAAGAAGCUAGAAUCAAAGUAGAGAUAGGACUGGAACCUAAGCACCGCCAUAUAGGAUGUGCGUAUCCCCCACAGUGUCCAAACUCCUGCUUCAAAUCCCACCCUGAGAAGGCUUUUAAUGACUUAGACAUCCACUGCUGCUCCAUCCUGGCUUAGAAACAGAAGCAUCUGAUUUCAUAACCAGUCUCUUCCCAAGGGUGGGAUGGGAAGCUCAGGAAAUCAGUGAGUCAGAACCUUAAAACCGGGUUACAGGGCAGAGCUUCCACCCGUCGCUGUGUUUCCUGUCACUGAAACUCCUUUAAUAGCUUAUUUUGUGACUCCAGUGUCCAUCUCUAUCUCUCUAGCUUGUCCUCUUCUACCUCUAGGAUAGCCAGAGGCUCCACAGGGGAUUUGGAUUUUAUCCAGAGAAGCCAUCUGCAGAGCCAGUAACCCAUCAGUCUUCUUCUGUUGAGGGAGCUGAGCCCUUCCCGUCUGGGGGCACCUUGGCCACUCAUCACCAGUGUCCUUCCUGCUUGCUGUAGGCACAUGGGCGAGGCUCUAACUUAGCUGCUAAUAUAUGGAUGGGCACUUUGUGGUUUCCGGGUCACCCACCUGUGUCAGUGUCCCUCAUCCUCUUGGGGUCCCUGGAAUAAACUGAAGAGCAAUAAGCAAGCCAGUAGUCUGUGUCCACAUCUUUCUGGCCCCAUGCUGAUGUUCUCCAUGUUAUGGCUCACGAAACACAGAAGGCAGUGUCCACCAAUAAAGAGGAUUAGCUUCAAGACUGAUAGUGUUUAGGUUGUCUGGACACUCUGAGAUAGGAAGCAGCUGUUAGAACCACCUGACUUUCCUGGGCAUCAGGGUCCCAGGAAGCCUGCUGUCUUACACACCCCCUUAUCCUCUUUGGGAUGUAGAGGCCACUGUAGAGUUACAGGAGUCGGAUAGGGGAUGGUUUAAGUCCAGAUUCCAGCUUGGAAAGGAUAUUCUACCCUCCCCCCUGUGGGAAGGUACACAAAACUGGUGAAACAUGAAAGCCUCUAGGGACUGGGGGAGCAAGAAGAAUAAAAUCCCAGACUUACAUCAAGUGGUGGGAAGGUGAACCCAACAUCAGAGUCAUCCACGGUGAACCAUGACAUUCCUUCUCAAUUUCUACCUAUGGAAGGCAGUGGUCUCCAACCCGGAAGAAAGUGGCCCCAUGCUGUGAAGCAGGGAAGGUCAGACCCAGCAAUCCAGAGACCAGGCUCAGGGCUUUCUCAGACCUCUCGCUUUGCACUCCUCUGUCUCCCGGGGGAGAACCUGACACCAGCAUUCUGGCAUCCUGGGAAAGGCUGUCCCUUUCUCCUCCAUAAUUGUGAUCUGUUGCUGAACUUCCGGUUUUGGUAAUCAUGUCUGGGGUAUUUGACACUUAUCAGAGCUGCCCCAAUGACUCAGCCAUGAUUCCCGUAAGAUGCUAGACAAACAGGAGUGCAGGUGACCAUGCACUUCGCAGCUCUCUGCAUCAGCAACUCAGGAUGGCCAGGUCCCAAGCCACACCUGAGUGGCACAGGGUGGAGUAAGUGUCCCCAAGAGUAAGUGCUUCUGGAUGUGCUGCUGCCACCAUUGCUCAGAUCUUGGUGAUGGACAUCUUGACCCAGGAUGCAGCAAGUGUUACCCACAAGCUGCCUGGCAUUCUUUAAUCUGACACUGCCAACUGCUGAACUCCCAGUUCCCAGAACCCCAACCCUAGGCUAGGAACCAUCCCACGUAGGUCACCAUUGUCAUUGCUGGAGUGUUGGCUAUAGCUCAGCCUCUAGCAGAAGGAGCAUAAAGAAGAGCAUUACAAACUUGUGAGGAGUAAGAGAAAAAUGGGGAGGUAAAAUCGUCUCCCUGGGGCCUGUGUCAUGGAACAGCAGGUUAAGUCAUCACCUGCAACUCCAGCAUCCCAUACCUCAGUGUAAGUUUGAGCACUGGUUCCCCACUUCCAUCCCAGCUCUCUGCUCAGACAACUGGGAAAGCAGUGGAAAACUGUCCCCAUAUGUGGGCUCCUGCAACCCAUGGGAGAGAUGCAGAUGGAGUUCUGCCAGGCUCACUUUGGAAUGACAACCUUUUAUGGGGGAGGGGUGAACCAGCAGAUGUAACACAAUGCUCUGUGUCUCUCCCUCUCCCUCUCUUUCAAAUAAACUUAGAGAGAGAGAGAGAGAGAGAGAGAGAGAGAGAGAGGGAAAGGACAACCAUGGCAUGAGAAUCAGAUUUCCUGUUAUGCCACAGCCAGACCUAUGGAGUGCCUAAGAUGUGGCAGGAGAGGCCAGGGAAGCCCCUCCUUUUCCUAGAACUCUAAGCAUGCCCCAUUCCUUGUCCAGCCCUUCUUGGGAUCUCCCACAUCUAGGGUGUUUGCAUCAUACAGGUGAUGCCAGGCUUAGGGGUUCCUUGGCACUACAGAACUGAUGGCAUCCCUUCAAGCAGAUGCUAGAAUGAUCCCCAGAGACAAGAAGAGAGACUGAGAAUGUCCAGAGAGGGACAAUGAUCUGUGCAGGAUCAAACUUGUACAAGGAUGAGAGAGCAGGUCUGAGCCAGGUGACACUAUCUGCCACCAGGCCAGCCCUGUGGCAGGUGCUGCCUGUGUUGGUGCAACUGUGGACAGUGGGCACAUGGCAUGGGGUAGUGGAAUAGGUAGUGCCCACUGAGAAUUUGGGGAUAUUUUGUGUGAGGAGGGGGCUGAGCUUAGGAGCCACAGGAAGUGACCUCACUAUGUUGGUGAUGACCUAUUGAACUGGCUGCCCCGGCAACCACCCCCACAUUCCAGAGUUGAGCCUGAGCCAGCUCACUUGGAUAAGAGUCUCAUAAGAAGAUGUUCCUUUGUUGCAUCCCGCGAUGCCGAAGCCCAGGCCCCAAGAAACCCUGCUGUGGGCGCCUUGCCCAGUGGUGGGAACAUUGGGCCAACCCUCACCCCCGACGUACCUGGCGCUUAAAACAGAAAAAGGCCAGGGUCCAGGACAAGUCAGCCUCACCCCUGGAGCAGCACAGCAGGCUGGGGAUCGCCAGCAGCCCAGACCUGUAUCAGUUGCCUAAAACUGAUGAGCUCUGUGUGGUAGGGCAGAGGUCAAACAUGCCCACAGCUCUGAAGAUACCAUCACAGACAUUCCCCAGCAUGCACAAACCACCUGAGGUCCCGCUCAGUCACUUACUGUUGGUAACCGUUGCCCAGAGAGAGCCCAGGGGUUCCAUAAAUGCCCAUCUCACAGCCGGGACAGUGGGGCCUGAGGACGGCUCCACCUGUGCUGGAAGUGAAGCAAGGCAAUGGCCGGGCCCGGCACCUGACCUCACGGCUGGAGCGGAACAGACCACUGACCUUCAAGCAACAUUCCUGCUGGAGCAGUGCUGGCCCUCCAAGGAGGAGCACUGGCACAAGGAUGCGCAGGGGACAGCCAUAUCCCCAGGGAUCGAGCAGGGUGCACCAGACGCAGCACUGGCCCCGGCCUCAGCCCCAGCUCCUGCAGUCCCUUCUGCUUCAGCCCCAGUGCCACACCUGUCCUUCCCCAUCCCCGUGAUCCUGUAUUUCUCUUUACUCCUCCCCAUUGUGUUCCUUUUCUCCACCUUAUUGUCCCUAUACUAUAAUAAAAUUUAAUUCCUUA